GUCUGCGACGCCCUCCUAAAGCUCCAAGUGGUCGGCGCAGGCUACCUCCCCGAUAUCACCCCCAUUUCUCCAUCCACCCCCCACCCCCCCACCCGAACCGUCGCCCCCGCCAGCACCGUCCUCCUCGUCCCCAAAUCCUCUCCCUCCUUCCCCUCUCCCUCCCCGCUCACCUCCCUUCUGGACCAAACGCUCUCGCUUUCCCUCCCGACCAUCCCGCAAGGUACCCCAUACGCGGACCUGACGAAUGCCGGAUCGAUCGUCGUCAUCAGCCAGCCGGGCGGGCAGAAGUGUGCGGUUCUCGGCGGGAUCAUGGCGGCGCGGAUGAGGAAACUUGGGGCGGCGGGGGCGUUGGUGGAUGGGAGGGUGAGGGAUUUGGGGGUUUUAGGGUCGCUGGGGAUGCCGGUCUGGUCGAAAGCGACGUCGUCGAUAGGCAUGGCGGCGGAGGCGAAGGCGUGGGCGACGGACGUCACGGUGCAUAUUGGAGGCGUGGAUGUUUCUCCGGGUGACUUGAUCAUGCUCGACCCGGAAGAGAACGCCGCGGUUGCGAUCCCAGCGGGGAGGCUGGAUGAAGUGCUGGAGCUCAUUCCAAAAUUGGUGGCGGCGGAUGAGAAGGUCAUGAAGGAUGUGGAAGAGGGAGUGGAGGUGAAGGAGGCUUUUGCAAGACAUAGAUCUUGA